AUGCAGGAGAUGGAGGUCGAAUUUUUGAAAACGGAAAAAGGGAAAGAGGCCUUAAUACUAGACGAAUUUAAGUAUUGCUUUCAGCGGAAGAACCUAGAUGAGAAAACUGCCUGGAGAUGUGCUAAAUACUGGACAAAUAACUGCAAAGCAGCAGUUUUCACGAAGCACGGAAAAGUCGUCAAGACAACACAAGAGCACAACCAUCCACCUGAUAGCAGCCAACUUCGGGAAGCGCGACUGAAGAACGCAUUGAAGCAAAGGGUUAGGUCGGAGCCGCAUUUGCCAGCACCGCAGGUGUACAGCAGAGAGAUCUUGAGCCUUGUGGGUCAAGUUGACGACACGGUGAUGGCUGAGCUGCCGACUUUUGAGAGCGUGAGGAGCACCAUGUACAGGGAGAAGAGAAAGCAGCAACCGAGCCUACCAAGGGACAUGGCCGAGAUUAACCUUGGAAGACUACAUACGGAGACACUCGACAAGCGAGACUUCCUGCUGUUCGACGUCAGCAUAAGUGCAGGCCGUGUUCUUUGCUUCUGCACGCAGGAGCUGCUUUCUCAUUUUUCGGAAAUGGUUGAAGUGUUCAUCGAUGGCACGUUUUUCUCCUGCCCGUCAUUGUUUUAUCAACUAGUCACAAUAAGCGCCGUCAAAGAGGGUUUGAGCUUCAACGUCGCCUACUUUCUUCUACCUGGGAAGUCUCGAGAAGUAUAUGUGUCGGCCUUCACGAACUUCAAGACGGCGUUGGACGCUCUUCGUGCACCUCUGUCACUCAGCGUUGUCCGUACGCACUUUGAACUGGCCCUUAUCCAGGCUUUUCUUUUCGUUUUUCCUGGAAUCCGGCACCAGGGUUGCCAUUUUCACUUCGCUCAAGCAAUCUGGAGGAAGGUUCAAGAACUCGGACUUGCCAAGGCUUACCAGGAAGAUUCUUCGGUAACGAUGUUUGUACGCCAGACAAUCAGUUUGGCCUUUGUCCCGCCAGCGUUCGUACGUAUUGCUUGGCGGGGUUUGAAGGCAACUGCACCACCAGCCCUUGGAGUCCCACAACUUAUCCUGUACUUCGAGGAUACUUGGCUCUUAGGAAACUACGACACCCAGCAGUGGAACCACCACCAAAACAGCGGAGCCCGGACAAACAACCUAAAGGAGGCCUGGCACCGAAAAAUUAACAACGCCAUCGGGAAAGCGCACCCCAAUGUCUACACUUUCGUGGAGCACAUCAAGCGGGACGAGGCCACUAGCAGAGUCACCCUCCUCCAGGUAUCCAACGGCGGCCAAGCCCGAAAGCGACAAAAGAAGUGGGAAAUGAAGGACGCAGCCAUCAGGAAGCUCGAGCAGCGUCUGUCCAAUGGAGAGCUCAACAUUCAAGAGUUUCUGAGGCUCGUGCAGCGAUAUUGCGGUAUCUAAGUAGUGGACAUUGCUUCAACAAGACUGUAUACAUUAACAUGUUAAUAAAUCUGCCAUCAUUUUCAAUAUUGUCGAGCACUGAACUGACACAGGAUCACGGAAUAACAGUGUGCGUUGGUUUCAAAGAACAUCGGAGGUGAUCAACGGGC